AUGGAUACAAGUUGGAUCGAUCUACCCACUAGCCACCCUAAAUAUAUUGAUGGAUGUAUGCAAUUCAUUGAGUUUGCCAAGCAAGAUCUAGUCCUAGGAAAAAUUAGAUGCCCAUGUAAGAAUUGUAAGGUGGAUAAAUGGUUUCCGAUAAAUGAAGUAGAGAGACAUAUUUUGUUUAAAGGGUUUUAUAAGUCUUAUAAGAAUUGGAUCUUUCAUGGGAAAGGGGAUAUGGCUCAGCGUAUGUUUGAGAGUGAUGGAGGGAGUACUAGUGAAGGAUUCCCCGGUAAUCAAAGUGGGUUUAUUGGUCGAGAUAAUAUGGGGGGACUAUUAAGAUCAGCUUUUAGUGUUAAUAUGCCUCCCAAUUGCCAAACUUUUGAAGCACAAGAGGAUGAUGAAUGGAUUGAGGAAACAGUGACAUAUGAAACAGAUGUUGAAUAUGAUGAUUCUACAAUAGAAGAAGAUGCGACACAUAAGAAGUUACUUGAAGCUUCUGAGGAGAUAUUAUACGAGGGGUGUAUCAAUUUUUCAAAGUUAUCUUUUCUUUUACACUUGUUUCACUUGAAGUGUAUGAAUCACUGGUCUAUUGAAUCUUUUAAUAUGCUGUUAAAGCUAAUUUUAGAUGCAUUUCCUCAAAUACUUGAUUUUCCCUCGUCUUAUUAUUACAGUAAGAAAAUGAUAAAAGAAUUGGGACUUGGGUAUGAAAAGAUUGAUGCUUGUCCGAAUAAUUGUAUGUUGUAUUGGGGGGAAUUUUUAGAGAAAGACAAGUGUCAUGUUUGUGGUACAUCAAGGUGGAAGAGAACUAAGGGUAUGAGUGGCGAUGUAAGUGAUGGAGAUACAAAUACAUUGAAGAGAAGUGUGCCAGCUAAGGUAAUGCGAUAUUUUCCUCUUAUCCCGAGGCUAAAAAGAAUCUACAUGUCAUCAGAAACAGCGGAAGAGAUGAGAUGGCAUGAUACAGAGAGAUUGGGUGAACAUGAUAAGAAGAUUUUGAGGCAUCCAUCGGAUGCCUUAGCUUGGAAAGCAUUUGAUGAGCGUCAUAGCGAUUUUGCAUUAGACCCUCGCAGUGUUCGAUUAGGUCUUGCGAGUGAUGGGUUUAAUCCUUAUCGUUUAAUGAACACCUCUUAUAGUACGUGGCCGGUGAUGUUGAUUCCUUAUAAACUUCCACCAUGGUUAUGUAUGAAACCAUCUUCUUUCAUUUUAUCCACACUUAUUCCCGGAAAAACAAGUCUCGGAAUUGAUAUUGACGUGUAUCUGCAACCGUUAGUGCAUGAAUUGAAAUUGUUGUGGACGGGGGUUGAAGCUUUUGAUGCUUUUGGUAGAGAGAAAUUUAAUUUACGAGCGGUUUUUCUUUGGACUAUUAAUGACUUUCCUGCCUAUUCAAUGCUUUCUGGUUUGAGCACAAAAGGUUACAAUGCAUGUCCAGUAUGCAUAGAUUUCACGCCUUCUGAUAGAUUUGGGAGCAAGAUAUGUUAUUGUAUGUAUAGAAAAUGGUUACCCGCAGAUCACCCAUAUCGAGCUCAAGGUUCCAUGUUUUGUGAGAAGUUCGGAACUAACGAGUGGGGUGAAGCUCCAUCUCGUCCUAGCGGGACUGAUAUAUUGAGGGAACAAGAAAAGGUCGAGUUGUAG